AUGCUGCGCUUUCAUAAGUUUACUGUCGGAUCUGGCUGGAUAAGCGAAUACGGUAAUCCAGAUGACCCGGAGGAUUUCGACUUCAUAUACAAGUACUCUCCUUUACACAACAUUCGCUAUCCCAAACAUGGUCAAUGGCUUUCUACUUUGAUGAAGACAGGAGAUCAUGAUGAUCGCGUUGUACCUAGUCAUACUCUCAAAUAUGCUGCUACUCGUAUAAUAAUAAGAAGCGAAAUUCUUGGAGGAAUGUGAGAAGAAGUGCAAAGUUGUCAAUUACACAUGCCGAAAAAACUGUUCCUGCAAGUUAUGGAAGGAAUUUUGCUGAAUGAAAAGAGCACUUUUCCUCAUUGCAUGUUUCUUCUUGUGAUAAGAUGAAAUAAAGCAUUGUGCAGCGUGUUUGCAGGGAAAUUCAAC